CUACGAUGCUCUAUGGGAUGGUGCUUAGGUACAAUGUAGAAUUGGGUUCGCAGGUUUAUUAUUCCGGUAGAUAUUCUCUUCAGUUAGUAAAAGUCAACGAACGAGCACGUUGUUUCUUCUGGUGAUCUUCCAAGUCCGAUACAAUGUUUUACAAGCUCGUUGAAGUUCCGCGAGGUCUAGAAUAGGUUCUUGGCAUCUGCAUUAGGGCUGCAGUGAUGGGAUCCCUCUCCUCCCUCCUCUCCUCCUUCCCUCUCCUUCUUCCCUCUCCUCCUUCCCAUAUGUUCUCAUUCAAGUCCUCCGGCUUGUUUAUUCCCCAAACCUUUCAGCACCGAGUCAUCAUCUUCGUUUCUCCUACCAUAUUGUACACUUGACCUGCCACCACGCAUAGCCCUUCUGUUUACCUGAUCCGCCUGCUUCGAUCCCACCAUCGCUGCCCCCCAAGUCUGUUAUCAUCUUCCAUCGAUACCUAUGUCGACGAUUCAAAGUAUCGGGAGCCAUCCUGGGAGCCAUCCUGGGAGCAGCAGCAGAGCUGGCUCUGCGGUUGACAGCACGGCUCCACUUGCCGGUCAUUCGGCCCCUUCCGCUGGCUUUCGAUCGCCGGCUGGCACCAUCAUAGUUCCACUCGAUCUUCUCGACAAGUUGGAUGUCACCCGCUACAAUCCAGUCAAAACGUUUGGCAACCCGGCUCCGGUAGCGCUGGCCGGACUCGUCAUGUGUUUGACGCCUCUGGCUUGUCAGCUCAUAGGAUGGGCAAGUGCGGACCCCAGCGGGCAUGCCAACAACGGUGCGCACGUCUUCUGCGGCGGACUCCUCCUGCUGAUCGGUGGGCUGCUCGAGUUUUUCAUCGGCAACACAUUCUCGUUCGUAGUGUUCUGCUCGUACGGCGGGUUCUUCUUCGCGCUCGGAGCGACGAUGAUGCCGGUCUUCAACGCCACGCCACCCUACCUCAUGGAGAACGGGCACUUGAACGCCGACUUCUACAACUCUUUCGGGUUCUUCCAUGUCUUCAUCGGUGUGCUGAGCCUGCUGUUUUUAAUCUGCAGCACCCGGAUCAAUAUCGUCCUCGUCAUCCUCUUUGCCGCCUACACUGUUGCAUUCACCGUCCUGGCCGUGGCGGACUGGCAGCGCGCCGUUCACAACGAUUUGGUGGUGGAGGCCCUCGAGAUUACGGCGGGUGCCUCGUGCUUUAUCGUCUCGCUGUGCGGAUGGUACGCUUUGGCGGAAAGUCUGUUCAAGGUGGUGAAUCUGCCCGUGACGUUGCCGAUGGGUGAUCUGAGCGGGAUUACGGUGGGUUCAAGAACAAGCAGUAGGGCUAGGACUAUGACGAUGGAUUAG